UCCAAGAUGGCGGCGCCCAUGCUGCGCGCCCUGCGGCGGCCGGGCUGGGGCCUGCGCGGGGCUGGGCGGCCCCGAGCGAGCGGCCCCCACCGGAGGGACAUCAGUUUCAAGCUAGACGAGCGAACGGCUCACAGCAGCCUGGAUCUCUCCAAAAAAGACACCAGCGUCAUUUACCGCAUGCUGGGGAUUGACCCAACCAAGGUCCCCCAGAACCCCGAGCGAUUUCGGGAGUGGGCGGUGGUGUUGGGGGACGCUGCCGUGUCCAGCGGCCAGCACUACUGGGAAGUGACGGUCAAGCGCUCGCAGCAGUUCCGUAUCGGCGUGGCUGAUGUGGACAUUUCCAGGGAUGGGUGCAUUGGGCACGACGACCGCUCCUGGGUGUUUGCGUACUCCCACCACAGGUGGUACGUCAUGCUGGCCAAUGAAACCACCCCCAUCCGCAACGUCGGCAACCCCGAGCGCGUGGGGCUGCUGCUGGACUACGAGGGCAGGAAACUCAGCCUGGUGGACGUGGGCAAACAGGUGUUAAUCCAUACCCUGGCCACGGAGUUCCAGGGGCCCGUGGUGCCCGCGUUUGCUCUCUGGGAUGGGGAGCUGCUAACUCAUUCUGGGGUGGAUGUGCCCAAGAACCUCCGGGACAGUUAACGGUUAACCCCAGGGCCUGGGAUGUCUGGACGUGUCCUUCUGUAGGGAGAUCCUUCGACGAUGCUUCAGCGUGAGGCAGAGAAAGGGAUUUGGUCAGUCCCCUCACCCCGCUUAGUCCAGAGGGGGCGCUCUCCAGGCAGUCUAGCGCUUGCUUUCCCCUUGGGAAGGAGCAGUCCCCUCUCAGCCCCAGCUAGGAACCAACUCCAGCUCUUCUGCUCAGCUAAAGCAGGGUCCUCAGGCCAAGAUUCUGUGGCUCAACCCUGGAGCAGAGAAGCCCCCCGCUGCCCCUGGGGAUCCGGCAAUCCUGGACUUGUUUCCCUUCUCCAUCUCAGCUGGUCCUUAGGAGCUUUGUGGCAAUCUGCCACUCCUGUGCCAAGCGCCCUACCGGUCCCUGCGCCCGUCCUCACCUAGCGCCCCGUUUGGCAGAUUUGGAUUUGAAUGACAUGAGGCUUUGCUCACUGUUGCCCCCUUCUGUCUCAGGGAGGGGAGGGGAGGACAGUUGGGCACAACAGCUCUCAGCCAGACGUUCCUGCAUCUCAGCGGCGGCACCCGAACCCAGCUGGAAACCUAGAUCCCGUUCCCCUCCUGUGCUGGCAAACGAGGCCGUUACACUUCCGUUUCCACAAGUCUUUAUUAAUACGCAGCACGGGAACCAGCUCCCUCUUCUCCCACAGCAUCCCCCCCAAAGCUGUGCUCACUUCCCCCCACUGUCUAGAACCAAUCAGCAGGCCCCAGGGAUGGGCAGGCAAACGGAUCCUGGUGCCGAUGCUGCCACGUGGCUGUUCCUAGGUGCAGGGGGAAAACCCAGGAAGGAGCAUUAGUUUGGGCAGGGACUUUGGGUCUGUAGCUUUCCUCUCAGCCAUGGUUUGUCUGGCUUAGCCGGGGGAGGGAGAACAGUGCUACCCCCACCCCCCGACCCAUUUGCCUCUGCCCCUUCGCAAUCCUCCAGGGCAGGGGUGGCCAACCUGAGGCUGAGAAGAAGCCAGAAUUUACCAAUGUGCAUUGCCAAAGAGCCACCGUAACAUGUCAGCAGCCCCCCAUCAGCUCCCCCCUCCGCCCCCAGUGUCUCCCACCCGCCAGCAGCACCGAGCCCUCCAUCCCUGCACCUCCCACCCACCGCAAUGAGCUGUUGUGUGGGGUGUAGGAGGCUCGG